AGAAAUUAGAUGCUGGUCACUCUUAACGAAUAAAGGGUCAACCAGUCCUUCUCUCGGACAAUUGUUUAGGAAUCAUUUUGAGAUGAAUAAACAUUUUAUCGCGACGAGGGGAAUAGCUUUUCUACAAGAAAGCUUGCAUGCAUUGUCUUUUUUUAAGCCGCUGAGAAUUUUAUUAAAUUAACGCUACAAAAUAAUGAAAAUAAAAUGCAAAAGACUACAGAGUUUUUCGGUGGUGGUAUUUUGAUAUCUUCUGAAAAAGGGAAUGAUUGUCACGAUACAUAUACAUCACAAGGUAAUCCUUAUGCUUGUCUCUCAUUUGCCUGGGUGUCUAAGGGUAAGUCACGAGGUGAAAAUAACAUCACAAGCACAUGAUCAUUGUUCCCGUGAUCUUCUGUGUUGGAUCAAUUAUUUCAUUUAGGAACUUGGAGCCUAGCUAAACGUAAAGUCAGCUUCUCGGAACAAAUCACAACACAAUGGAUCACAUAAUUGGAUUUUUCGCACUCUUGGUCUUUUGCAACAUGGCCUACGCAAUGCCUACAUGGGGGAAUGAGGAGGAGAAAACGGAUUUCAGUCCGUCUUCGGUGGAGAUUACCCGGCGUCGCUGCAGCUGUUCUGAUCAUCAUCCCAGCUGUGGCUGCUGCCUUCAAAUCAGAGCAUCUGAAUUCCAAAACUAUGAUGAAGCGGACGUGUGCUUGACCUCGUCUUUCACCCCGUCGCCAUUGGCGGUGGACUUUUUCAUGAUGUGGAACAAACGUGAAGUUUUCAACCGCACCAUAUCAGAUUACCAUCCACGACCUGCUUGUUUUGACAUUCCUCGUCUGAAUUAUGGAAAGGCCUGCGUUAAAUUUACCAUGAUUAACAUCAAGAAAGAUCUCACUAGAGGGUGUGCAGCUCUGGAAUAUAAAUUGGGGCACAACAGGAUAGACAUUGCCCUUGGUUGUUUCUUUUUCAGGGGUGGAGACGGGCAUGGAGUGGAUAUAGGAACCUAUCUGGAUCCUGCGUCGUUUAUUUUCUCACUGGAAGAUAUCUUUCAAGCAUCAAAGGAAAACCAGAUCAAUAGCCUCAGUUCCCUGGCUGAUUUAGCAUUUGAGACAUGGGAUGUUGACAAGAAUGGCUGUUAUUGCUCAAAGUCUCCGCAGCCUCAUUGUGAAUGCUCUUUCAAGUGGAACAUAUUUGGACACGAACUAGAUGCUUUUGCCCAAGCAACGAUAGAUCCAGACGGAGGGGGAUUUGCUAUUAAAGGGAUUAUCAAUGGAGUCACUAUUAUCGAUGAGCAUAUAUCAGUCCAAAACCCACCACCAGUUUGCCACGACGUCACUUUUUACGAUGUUACAGUGAACGUGUGUUUCAGGCUUACACAAGUCUCGCUGAAACCCGGUCACGUGGGUGCAUGCAUGGAAGUGGACGUGGAUUCAAUGGAUCUCCCCCUGGGAUGUUUUUACAUGGCGACCAACAGGGAUCUGGGAAUAGAAUAGAAUGAUUAUGCGCCAUGCGCCUGAUGGGGUGGAUAGAGCUGUUAAAAAAAUGUAAUGGAAGCACUCAGACUGUAUAUUCCCUCCGCAAGAUCAAUUUUUUAUGUUAUUCCAGCUAAGACUGACUACCUAAAUAAUAACAAUAAAUUAAUGCUGAACUUGAUGAAUCCUGCCGCGCUUGAAAUUGAAGUUAUAGUAUGAAAGUAAGAGAUCGAGAAUGUAUUUUUUGACAGUGCAUGUUUCAGCGGACGUAAAAAGAUAAUAAAAACGAUGUUUACUUGUUAUCUA